AUGUCUGGCGUAAAGCAUACCCGUGAUCCGUCUGUGAAGCAAUCGAAGCAUAGACUGAUCCUUACCGAAGAAGGAAAGGCUGAUGUCACUUUGCAAUUGGGCAACUGUAUUGGAAGAGGUCAAUUCGGCUCCGUUUAUCGUGCGUUGAAUUUGAACACUGGUCAAAUGGUAGCCGUGAAACGAAUCAAAUUGAACAAUAGGUCAGAAGAUGAAGUAACACAAUUGAUGCACGAAGUUGAAUUACUCAAAAGUCUUGUCCAUCCAUCCGUUGUGAAAUAUGAAGGUUUGGUACGUGGAGAAGACGUGGUUUCGAUCGUGUUGGAAUAUGUGGAAAAUGGAUCCUUACUACACACUCUCAAGGCUUUUGGCAAUUUCCCGGAAAAGUUGGUGGCAAGUUAUGUGGUCAAGAUACUGGAAGGUCUCAAUUAUUUGCACGAGAUGAAGGUUGUGCAUUGCGAUUUGAAGGCUGCAAAUAUUCUUACGACGAAGAACGGUAACGUUAAAUUAUCCGAUUUUGGUGUUUCUCUCAACCUCAAGGCAGCUGAAGAUUUGAAGAAGAAUGACGCAAUCGGUACACCCAAUUGGAUGGCGCCCGAAGUGAUUGAAUUGAAAGGUGCUUCUACUGCAGCUGAUAUUUGGUCAUUAGGAUGCACAAUUAUCGAAUUGCUAACCGGGAAGCCGCCUUACGGUGAUAUGUUGGCAAUGUCAGCUAUGUGGAGAAUUGUGGAAGAUGAUUGUCCACCAUUGCCAAAGAAUAUUUCCAAUACUUUGCACGAGUUUUUGACGCAUUGUUUCCAGAAAGAUCCUGCUCUUCGACCAAGUGCUGCAAUGCUGUGCGAACAUGCAUGGUUACGUACCACUUGGGGUGAUCACAAGGCACUA